AUGGUUCCUUCGCCGACGAAUCCGCAGCAGAUUCAGCAAUUUCUCUCCUCUGUGCUCUCGCAGCGCGGCCCAUCCUCUGUUCCUUACGACGAACCCACCAAGUGGUUGAUCCGGACACAUCUCAUAAACCUAAUCUCGUCUUACCCUUCAUUAGAGCCCAAAACCGCGACGUUUAUGCACAACGAUGGUCGCUCCGUCAAUCUCCUACAAGCAGAUGGUACGAUCCCGAUGCCUUUUCAUGGAGUAACCUACAACAUCCCUGUAAUCAUCUGGCUCCUCGAGUCUUACCCUCGUCAUCCUCCUUGCGUCUAUGUCAAUCCCACCGCCGAUAUGAUCAUCAAGCGACCUCACGCACAUGUCACUCCUUCUGGUCUCGUUUCUCUCCCGUAUCUCCAGAAUUGGGUUUAUCCUAGCUCCAAUCUCGUAGAUCUCGUCUCUGAACUCAGCGCCGCAUUCGCUAGCGAUCCGCCUCUCUACUCCCGUCGCCGCCCUCAACCACCGCCUUCACCGACUCCGCCUCGGUACGAUUCGUCACUGACACGGCCUCCUCCGUCUGAUCAGUCAUUAUCGAGACCGUUCCCGCCAUCUCCUUACGGCGGAGGAGGCAGGGUCCAGGUGCAGCACGUUCAUCACCAGCAGCAAUCAGAUGAUGCGGCGGAGGUUUUCAAGAAGAACGCGAUCAAUAAGAUGGUUGAGAUGGUUCAUGGUGAUCUGGUUUCGAUGAGGAGAGCCAGAGAAGCUGAAGCAGAAGAGCUACUGAGCUUGCAAGCAGGGCUAAAGAGAAGAGAGGAAGAUAUCAACAGGGGAUUGAAGGAGAUGGUUGAGGAGAAAGAAACACUUGAACAGCAAUUACAGGUUAUCUCCAUGAACACUGAUAUUCUAGACUCUUGGGUUAGAGAGAAUCAAGGCAAAACCAAGAAUUUAGUUGAUUUGGAUGUGGAUAAUGCCUUUGAAUGUGUUGAUACACUCUCCAAGCAGAUGUUAGACUGUACUGCUUUGGAUUUAGCUAUUGAAGAUGCUAUUUAUUCGUUGGAUAAGUCGUUUCAAGACGGAGUUGUUCCCUUUGAUCAGUACUUGAGGAAUGUGAGGUUGUUGUCGAGGGAACAGUUCUUCCACCGAGCCACGGGUUCUAAAGUUAGAGCGGCACAGAUGGAAGCUCAGGUUGCAGCGAUCGCAGGUAGGUUACAUUCGUGA